GAAACCUCCGACUAGAUACAAACCAACCAAACCAAACGCACCAAUCUUUCAAAGAAUUCCAUAGAAAGUGGUCAGUCAGGUCCACACCCACUCGCUUCAAUUAUAAGUUGUAGUUCGCACUGCGGAUGGCAUCUUCACCUUUUCAUUUCUCCACUCCACUUCGCACUCUCUUCUCAUCUGCGUCACAUCGAAGAUUACCUUGCAUUCCUAUCCAGGCCUCGCUAUUCCGGCAGCCCCUUACGCAUAAGACGCUUGCCAUCUCGACCGGGAUUAGAGGUGUUCCGGGUUCCGGGAGAUUUUGUUGGAGAGCCAAGGCGUCGAUGGCGGGGACCGCAACUGAGAAAGGGAAAGGAAAGGUGGAGGUUUUUGAUUCCGAGGAGGAUCUGUCGGUAUCCCUCGCUAAAUACACCGCCGAUCUAGCUGAUAAGUUCUCCAAAGAGAAAGGCACUUUUACUGUCGUUUUGUCUGGUGGUUCUCUCAUCAAGUCUCUCAGGAAACUGGUGGAAUCCCCAUAUAUUGAUUCGGUGGAUUGGUCAACCUGGCGGGUUUUCUGGGUGGAUGAAAGGGUUGUUCCUAAGAAUCAUGUUGACAGUAACUAUAAGCUAGCUUUUGAUGGAUUUCUCUCAAAGGUAACAAUUCUUCCUGGAAAUGUCUAUGCCAUCAAUGAUGCACUGCCUGCUGAAGGUGCAGCUGAUGACUAUGAGACCUGUCUUAGGCAUUUGGUUGAGAGUGGCGUGAUUAGUGUCUCACCCGCUACUGGACUUCCAAAGUUUGAUCUAAUGCUUCUGGGAAUGGGACCAGAUGGACAUGUGGCUUCUCUCUUUCCAGGCCACCCUCUGGUCAAGGAGAACGAAAAGUGGGUUACCUUCAUUAAGGACUCACCAAAACCUCCCCCAGAGAGAAUUACCUUCACUUUUCCUGUUAUCAACUCAUCUGCUUAUAUCGCACUGGUGGUGUGUGGUGCUGGUAAAGCUGGUCCUGUGCAUGCUGCAUUAGGAAAUAGUCAAAAUUCCGAUAUUUUGCCUGUUCAGAUGGUUUCACCGGAAGGUGAGUUGGUGUGGUUUUUGGACAAAGAUGCAGCUUCAAAGCUGUAAGUUGUGUCUAUAGUUUAUCCGAGUUGCUUCUCAGGAUAUACUUGAUUGUGUUAAUUUGAGCUAUGUCGUCUGACCAGUGGAUGUGCUACUGGAGUUUGUAUCCCUGAUAGUUACGGGACUAGCAAGCAUUUUCUUUCACUUGAUGGAAAAAAUGCGAUCUUAAUAAAUUGUAGUUCAUUGUAA